AUGGCGAGGAUUAGCAGAGGUCUGUUCUCCGUCGAGCUUCAGGUCUCUCUCUCUACCCAGGACGCUGGGGGGCUGGUGGCGAACCACAUCGCCGUCCUGCUCUCGGGGCGGCUUCCGGACGAAGUUCUCCACUGCUUGCGGUCGUCCUUGCGGGAGCUUGUGGGGAGAUACGCCGGCAACCGUGCUUCUUCUGGGUUCAUCGGAGACGUGCGAUUCCGUGUAAAGGUUUAUGUGCCUCCGCGAGGAUCCGUGUCGUGGGGUGGUCGACGUCUCCGCCUGCAGAUCUCGGUGGAAGCCCGCGAGUUGGGACGAGGUCAAGGGUGGUCAAUGAAUUUCGGUGAAGAGGAGGAAGGAGAGCGGCGGCCGGAGGACGGCGGGGAAACUGAUGAGGACGAUGGGACUGAAGAAGAGGAUCGAGGAGUGGUGACCGUGCCGUCGUCCGCCGUCGUGACAUCCGAGUGUACCAGAGGCGAGGAAGAGAGGGAGGACUGCACCAUCUGCCUCGAGAGGAUGGCCGCAAUGGCCGAGGCCUGUCGUCUACCCUGCGGCCACAUCUUCCACGCGGACUGCAUCAGGCGGUGGAGCCGCAUCAGCUGCCAAUGCCCAUUGUGCCGCCGAUGCGUCUAUUCUUGA